AUGGAGGGAGAAGCCGGCUCCGACAAGUCGCUUCCCGAGCGCGUCAAGGAGGUCGUCAAAGAGAACAUUCCAGGGACUACCGAGAAGAAGGAAAAGAAAGAGAAGAAACCGAAGGCCCCCAAGCCACCCAAGGAUCCCAACGCGAAGCCGGCUAACGUCAAGCCCCCCAAGCCCGCCAAAACUGAGCCAGCGGCGCCACUGGAUCCCGAUGCAAUGUUCAAGGAAGGCUGGUUGGCAGGAGUCAGAAAGGAGCGUCCCGAAGAUGAGACCGUUUGCACUCGAUUCCCGCCAGAACCCAACGGCUAUCUCCACAUCGGCCACAGCAAAGCCAUCGCCGUCAACUUUGGCUUCGCCCGACAUUACGGUGGAACCUGCAACCUAAGGUAUGACGACACCAACCCUGAAGCCGAGGAGGAGAUCUAUUUCGUCAAGAUCGAGGAGAUUGUGCGCUGGCUAGGCUUUGACCCUGCCCGGAUCACCUACUCGAGCGACUCCUUCGACAAGUUGUAUGAACUUGCAGAGAAAUUGAUCAGUGUUGAUGGAGCCUAUGUCUGCCACUGUACCCCUGAUGAUCUCAAAGAUCAGAGAGGCGGCACAGAUGUCAAGAACAAGAAGCCCAGAUAUGCCUGUGUUCAUCGAAGCCGUCCGAUCGAAGAAUCACUGGCCGAGUUUAGAGCCAUGAAAGACGGCAAAUACAAGCCUGGCGAAGCAUUCUUACGUAUGAAGACCGAUGAUUUCAAGAAUGGCAAUCCUCAGAUGUGGGAUUUGGUUGCGUAUCGUAUUCUUGAGAAGCCUCAUCACCGGACCGGCGACAAGUGGAGAAUCUAUCCUACCUACGACUUCACUCACUGUCUGUGCGAUAGCUUCGAGGGCAUCACUCACUCACUCUGCACCACCGAGUUCAUACUAUCCCGCGAAUCAUACGAGUGGCUCAAUAACACCGUCGACGUCCCCCACAAGCCAAUGCAGCGAGAGUACGGCAGACUCAACAUCGGCGGCACGGUCCUCUCAAAGCGGAAAAUCAAGAAGCUGGUUGACGACAAGUACGUAAGCGGGUGGGACGACCCCCGACUCUACACACUUGUCGCUCUCCGACGUCGCGGUGUCCCUCCAGGAGCAAUUCUCUCCUUCGUCAAUGAGCUCGGGGUCACCACAGCAAAAAUCAACAUUCAGAUCGUGCGCUUCGAGCAGUCGGUACGCAAGUAUCUCGAAAUGAGCACUCCGCGGCUCAUGCUAGUACUAGACCCAAUCAAGGUCAUCAUUGAUGACCUUCCUGACGAUUACAUCGAGGAGAUCGAGAACGCGUUCGGGCCCAAGGAUGUAGAUAUGGGGUUGCAUAAGAUGCCGUUCACCAAGACGGUGUACAUCGAUCGCGAUGACUUUAGAGAGGAGGACAGCAAGGAUUUUUUCCGCAUGGCACCGGGGAAACCAGUCGGCCUCCUCAAAGUCCCGUUCCCCAUCACCGCUAAAAGCUUCACCAAAGACGAGUCAACAGGUCUUGUGACAGAAAUUCACGCCACUUACGACAAGCCUCCAGAGGGCGAGAAAUUCAAGAAACCGAAAGCCUACAUCCAGUGGGUAGCUGAGUCGCCAGCGCACAGGUCCCCCGUCAAGGCUGAAGCCAGAAUCGUCAACCCACUGUUCAAGUCAGAUAACCCAGAUGACGUCGAGCCCAGUUUCCUAGCAGACAUUCGCGAGGACAGUCUCAAGAUCUUCCCGAACGCCAUGGUUGAGGUCGGAUUCAAUGAAAUAGAGGCGCGUCGUCCGUGGCCUCAGGAGGCCGGUGAGUCGAAGCCGGAGAAUUGCGGUCCCGAAUCUGUGCGUUUCCAGGCCAUGCGCAUAGGAUACUUCUGCAUGGACAAAGAUACGACAAAGGACAAAGUGAUUCUCAACCGGAUUGUGAGUCUCAAGGAGGACGCUGGCAAAACGUCGUAA